AUGGCACGUCCGUCGGCGAGCGAGCUGUGUGCGCAGCUUACGAGCAGUAGUGCUGAUGUGAUAGCAGGGGCUCUUAGCAGUAUUCGUGCCAGUACGCGUUUGCGGGCUGACGAGAUCGGUGAGUAUGGUGAAACCAUUGUAUCGCCGACCGACGCACGCCUCACGCUGGCUUGUGAGCUAUGCACCGAGAAGGCCAUACCGCGCAUUCUCGAAGCGUGGGACGUGGCCGAGCAGCGAGAUGUAUCCACAUUGCGUGUGCUUGUAUGUCAAGCACUUGCGCAGAUACUUCACCUCCUCUCUGCCCACCAGCCGAACCAUAGCUAUGGCGAAGCGAUGCUUGAAGCCCUUGUCGGCACACAUGCCCAAUAUAUGCCGCGUCUGCAAGCUAUGGUGGAACUUUGUACACGCGCAAGGAAAGAAACGGCCUCCCAAGACGCCGUAUCGGUCUUGGUAGCACUGAAGCUGCUUACAGCCAUGGCAUCGUUUGCACGUGGACGAUCGGCCCACCAAGUCUGGGAACGCUUCCACUGGACGAGCGACAUCCAUGCAAAACUUCUGAGUAUGCGACGACGGGCGCAUCGUGGCGAUAUAAAGCCUGUCACGAUGCUCGAGCCGGAUGUUCGCACCCAGUACUUGUUGUUCCUGGGUUCUAUGCUCACACAGACGUACCACUCGUCUCUCAAAAUCGCCCUGCUGGAACUGGGACCGGAAGGCCUACCACGCAUGGUCAGUGAUCUGGCACAUGAUCCACCUGCCUUGGUACGCUAUGUACUCCUGGUCCUGCAUGAAGAUCUGUUCAAAGAUACCCACGUACCGCGCGGCAUCAAAGCCAAGGUGAUGACGGAGACUGCUAUCACUUCUCUCUUGCAAUUGUACAGGCGCGAAAACGAUUUUGUAGCGCAUACGAGCGUGGCGGAUCUUGUGCACCACUUCCUUUUGAGCGUUUGCACACACCCCGGCUUUGGCGUCUGCUACGCGGACCGCGGAUGGUACGGUCGGGAGGGUGAUGGGCCUUCGUUGUUCAACAAGGUGCUCCUCAGUAUAGUACGUCAGCUGCACGUCGUCCAGGAUUUGCGACAGCAAGAACUUGCUUUGCGUAUCCUACGUGCAUGCCCCGAGCUGGUCGCACCUGUGCUCGCCAAGGUGAGCAUCGACGUAAAAAACGACUGGACGUUUUUCAUGCAGAUGGCCUAUGUAGGCCGCGUUUUGGCGUUGCCUGUGCCGAACGUUCACACUGUGCCUCCACCAACAGCUACGGUGCUAGCCAGUACGCUGGCGGAGCCCUUGGCCCGUGUGCUCCACAAAGCACUGAAGCAUGCUAGCGCCCUUGUACAGUACUAUGCCUGUAUCGUCGCUGCGUGUGCCCUCCAGCGUAUAUGUGCGCUGCAGUCCCUGGCUCGACAUGAAGCAGACGAGGCCGGAGAGGAUGAGCAGGGCGCGUUCACGCAUGCGCUGAAAGCAUGGGAAUUGGCGUGGCGUACACGUAUGCCACCCAUUGACGUUGUAUACCCCUUGCUGCAGAGCUCGCAGCCCAUGCGUCGCGAAGCAUCGAUGCGUGUUUUGGCCCUGUACCUAGAAGCCUUGCCUAGCAUGGCCUACGAUACGCAUUGGGACGGUGGCCAACUGCUCACGUCGGCAUUUUUGGAAUGCAAACCGGCCCCUCUAUCGCUCGAGUAUGUUACGCAGGCGCAUGCUCUACGCAUUCUCUCGCACGCAUCCGCGGCCAUGGAUCUAAGCGCCAAAGUCCCUACACCAUGGCCCGGCCAUGAAAAGCGCUCGUACUGGCACUUUGUGAUGGUUGCGUACAUGCACAUGCCGCCUACGCUGCGCGAGGCAUGCCGUACUUGGCUCCGGGCCAUGCUCGGCACGACGACACUGUUUGCACAUGAUGUGUAUGAAGUGGAUGCGUGGCUAGAAGCUCUGCCUACCCGAGACAACGAAGCUGAUAAGAUUGAUAUUGCUGCGUUCUGGGACGACUGCUUGUUACGCUGCAUGAAGACAUCCUAUCGGUAUGCAGAACGUAUGCGUGCCGUGACAGGGCAAGAUGGGGUAGUGAGUCCUCUCGUGGCAACAGUGAUGGAGCAAGCUCAUAUCCGGCUGAGCAAAGGACUCUGGGAUGCGCGUACGACGCAGGCCCUUCUUACGUACGUGCACCGUGUGUGUGUGCAGCUGGUGGCCAUGGCCAAACCUAUCGAGCCGUUCGCUACGAUGAUGAAGAAACUCUGGGACGCGCGUACCCCCGCCUCGGAGGCUGUGCUCGCGGCAUGUCGUGCCUGCAUGCACGCAGCGAUGCACGUGCCGUCAAGCAAGACCACGUCGGCGUCGUUGGCGACCGCGUCUGAUGCGUAUACAUGGCUAUGGACGAGCACGCCCACGACGUACGAGUCGUGCUUCGCUCGUAUGGAUACGGCAUGGCCUUUGGCCUUGUACGUCUGGCUCCUUCGUUUACACCCCUUGCGUGGGACGCCAGAGGAUGUGCGUACAACGUUCCAAGCGUUGCAACGCUGGUCUGCCACGCGUCAAUUGGAUGUAGACACAUUGCAUCGCUACGUGGUGACGCAUCCUACCACGCAAGCAUGGCUCCAUGCAUCGUACAGCGAUGAGGGUGCGACAGCAUACAUAACGCACCUCCUGUCAUGGGUACGCCAAGUGGCUAUGCCGACACCCGCGUACCAGGCCUGCAUCGCGCCCUUGAUGGAAGCUGUUUACACGCAUUGGGCAGCGCAGCCUACAAGUGCUGCAUGGCGCUCUUGUGCGGAGAUCUGUGCACCUUAUACGCAAGCGCCGCAGCUGGUGCAAAUCGUACGUGCGAUGCCGUGGACGAGCAUUGAUGAGGCCCAACUGACGGCCUUGGCUCAUAUUGUGCCAUGUAUAGCCAUGGCCCAAGAGGCUUGGAAACCGUUUCAUUCCGCGCUGCCUGCUCUGGUCGAGCGGGCAGCCCAUUCGGAGGCGGCAUGUGCGCUGUUGGAUGCCGUGCUUGCAGCGACCCUCCCAGCCGGACUCGAUCCGUACGAGCCGCCAGCGCGAGGGAAUCUCAUUGCUAUGCGCCAUGCACAGGCCUAUGUACCUGCCUCGCUGGAUCCAUUACUUACUCACGAUGCAACAUGGGCACGAGCUGCGCUAGUAUGGCCUACGUUGAAGACGUCGGAUACACCGCUGGCCAAGGUGGGACCCCUGGCGCUGUGUGUUGCCCUUCAGCAGCAGCCCACAGUGACAAGGGCCCCGUGGACUACGUGGAUCCCAUCGUGCUGGAGCGAGGCCUGGGCUUGCCGCGCCUUGCAUACGAUGCGGGCACGUGCCGACAAGGCCAUGGCAGCGGAGAUCGAUCAAUCUCUCAUCACCUCGAUCACGCCCGCUAUGCCGUUGCAUGCCCUGGGUGCAUGGCUGUGCACGGUCUGCGCUCCUAGUGUGCAGAAGGCCUGGCUGGAUGUCAGCGUUCGGCAUUUGACACGAAAAAUGGUCGAAGAACCGAACGAUCAUGGCGCAGUACAGAGCUUAGCGCGUGCAGCGCGUGCCCUCGCUGCGACGACCUCGGUAGGCUUGCCAGCCUCAGUCAUCGAGCCAUUGCUAUUGGCCAUUGUACAGACGCGUGCGACACAGGUCUACGCUAUGCAACUGGCGGAAGUCCUUUCACGUGCCUGCAUGCUUAAAGAAACGAGUCGUGCAAAGCUGGUAAGCACAUUGCUGGCACGUACCGAGGCUGUAGAACAAGCCCGGCAAGCGCCGUUGCGUCUUCCCUUUGUGGCCACGUUGGUCCACUGGGCGCGCGAUAGCCCCAGUGUAGUGCAGGCGACAUCCACCGUCCUUGCACGAUGGGUCUACCUCUACAUGGGGACCAUGGACAACGCAGACCGCGCAUUGGCCUCCUUGUUGUGGAAGUAUGGAGGCGGCGAGAUUUUGCGUGCUUGGCAAGCGCAGCCGGUGCUGGUGCCCACGACACUAGCCAGCACUUCUGCGCUGGGCGCUCUGCUUACUCUUGACCCUGCUCGUGCUUGGGCGAGCUGUAUUCAUAUGCCACGUAUCUCAAGUAAAGACGGCCUCGUCCUUGAGGACAAGGCAAUGCAGGCCUAUGAUCCCUGGUUUGUGCUCAAUCUGCUCGCCGCUACCAUGCUAGAGAGGGAGCAACAGGGCGAGAAUAUGCAUGUUACAGGGUUGGAGUGGUUGGCAAUUGUACGCACUGGUGCCAUCAGUAUGGUGUUGGGCACUUUGUCGUCACACCGAGCACCGCUACGAAAAUUCGCAUUGCAGCUGCUGGGUAAAAUUUAUGCAUCUCUACAGCCCACCGAGUUCCGUGAAAAGGAAUUGGUAUGCCUGGUUCUCGAGCGUACGCGUGAUCUAAUUCCCCCGCCGCCUCCCACCUCGAUUACAGGCACGUAUACGCAUAUUCCAUGGCUUCCGUCGAUGACGUGUCUCUUUGCCGCACACUGUCUACGGGCCAUUGCGGCACCAUAUACCCCGCUAUUUCCAGCGCUGUGCCGAUUCUUGCUUCAGCGGCCUGUGCUAGAUACCACCGACGUACCGCUUCUCUACAAUCUCUUGCAUUCUACGUCGGAUACGUGGCAGGCGGAUCGUCUAUGGCUCUUGCGGUUCUUGCGGGAUGCAUUGGAGAUGCAUACCACCGUAGCAGGACAAACGCAUGCCGAGGCAAUUCCACGGGCCAAGACGGAAUGGAAAGUGUUCAAGCGGCGGCAUGUAUGGGAUUUGCUGCUCAGCUUGUCGUUGGCCACAUCCGACACGCGAGGAGCUCAUGCGGAUCGCGUUGCUGAUCAGCGUGCACAAGACAUAAUCGAUGAUAUUUGGAUGACAACAGCAGGUCUACCAUACGUGUCCCAGGAGCUGGUCUCCAAGCGUGGUUGGCUCUCGUGGAUAUCGAUGCGGGUGCAGAACGAGACAGCCACCCUCUCGAGCACGCGCGUGGCCUAUUGGCUCACGCUUCUUCAUCGUAUAUGUGUCCCUGUGACCUGGUCUCGCUCUGCUGUCCUUUCACGCCUGGCAGAUAUGGACCGUCAGGCGGAAUACGGCCUUGUGACCACAGUGCUGGGCAUCCUUUCGUGCUUGGUGCAGCGUAAAGAUCAACGAGACACCUCGACGGAAUGGGUAGAGCCCGCCUUGGCUAUGCUCGAGACGUGGCUGUCGUAUGCAAGUUUAUGCGGUCAUGAUGUCUGGACGACCAUGGAAGCUCGUAUGUGCAUGACUCUGCUGGACCCUAUCGCCACGGCUCUCACGCUGAAUAGCAGGGAUGGGAGCACACCGUUCUCACGACCUGUGGGCAUAGCGCAGAUGCUGCGUGUGCUUCUAUUGCUGCAUGCGCUGGGCGGGGCUGAGGCGGCUGUGCGGAGGCUAUUUCUGCGUAUGCCUCUUUUUGAAGGCCAACCCAUGGCCUAUGCACCUCGUCUUUGGGCUUGGAAGGCGCCCGUAGCGGCAAACGUUUGA